AUGGCCGGAAUGUUCAACAGCUUUCUCGCGGGUCGGCCAUUGGUAGCUUCGAGAUGCUACAAGCGAGCUUUCUCGUCUGCGAGAACUCGUGGUUAUCUCUUUCGUCCUAUCCCCUCGAUCCAGACAAGACAUAUAUUUAGCUUCCCUACCAUUCGACGGGUGGCCGAAACCGACGGCGGGAAGCGCAGCCAGGACUUGGACGAUGGCUCCAGGCCGAUGAUAGAGCUCGUACAUGCCCUUCACCAACGGUCGCGACCUCCGAGCCAAUUUGCUCUUGCGUCAGGAUUUAUGACCUUCAUAGACAAGCGGCUAGACCAAGGGAUGGUGACAAAGAGUCAGGCCGAGUUCCUUCUACACACCUUCCAACACCUCCUGCUCACCCCUUAUCCGAAAUCUACGGGCACCGUACGUGCGUUUCUGGAGUUGGAAAACUUUGAGUUCACGUUAGGUACUCUCGCAAGGGCAAAGCUCUAUCCAGAUGCGAUCCCGCUAGUUCAGGACCUCGCAAGAAGCAUCUUUCACAGGAUCAGUAUACGACUUGACAAUGCUCCAGAGCUCGGCGAACAACGGGUCUUAGAGUCACUCCAGUCUUGUGUCGCUGUUUUGUCCUCCACUGGCGCUGCCACCGAAGCAUUACAACUCAUGCUUGGCUGGCGAUCUAUUGUGUCCUCAAGCGGCGCACUAUUACCAUGGGUAAAUAUCAUGAAAGGGUUUGCCCGGGAAGGCAGGCAGUCAAAGAUUCCGGGGAUAAUCCAGCAGAUGGAAAACUGGGGCAUCACAUUGGAUAGGGGUAGCCAGGAAGAGAUACUUUUACUGCUGGCGGAAGAAAAUUGCAUUAGUGCAUUGGAAGUUGUUUAUGGCCUUCCCAUCCAACCGACAACUACCGCAAGCGUAUGUGUACUCAAAGCUGCAUUAUGGAAUUCUAAGCCGCAAUGGGCUGCUCAAAUCGCUACCGCUCUCCCUGCAUACCCGACCCCGGAGACCAGAGAUGCAUUGCUCCUCUUGUCCAUUGCGCGAGGAGAUUCUAUCGAUUCAAUCCACCAACAAUUGGAUGACAUGGCUUCAAAAAACCCGGAAAUACGAUCAACAAUGACUAUUGACACCCUCAACACACUCAUCGAAUACGCAAUCAUGGUCAACAGAACGGACCUUGGUGAACAGGGCACCCAAAUAGCUCAAGCAUGGGGUCUAACCCCUGAUUCUCAAACAUACUUAUUGCCCUUGCGCUCACAAAUAGAGUCUGGCGAUAUCAACGAAGCCGUUGCAUUAUUUCAAAAACUUGACACAGAACUCGAAAUUGAUAAAUCGGAUAUCCUUAUAUUGAAUAAACUCAUCAAGCAACUCUGCCUUGCAGAAUAUUCAUUAAUUGAUUUUGAUACGGUGAACUCUCUUGUCGACAGAUUGCUAGAAGCGGAUGGCCAUUUCGAGCCUGACACCCUCGGCAUUCUUUGCAAAUCGUUACUUUACUGUGGUGAUUUAGAGGGAGUAUCUACCUUACUUCGACCUAUCAUUGAUAGAUAUGGCCCAGAAGAACUUUCGAAAAUCAGGAAGGGCUUUAUUCAGUAUAUCAGAGAUAUGGACCAGCCAACCGAUAGCGCAUGGGAAGUAUAUGAACUUUUGAAUCUUGCUUUUCAGACCACAUCUGUUGCAGCUAGGACGAGAAUUAUGAACGCCUUCUUCAAACGACAGAGAUCCGACCUUGCCUGCCUUGUAUUUGGUCAUAUGCGACAAAAGGGGCAAGUCGAUAGCCGACCGUCGGCACACACAUAUGCUCAAUGUUUCAAAGGGAUUGCAGAAGCAGCUGAUGCUGACGGCCUACAUCUCGUGCACAACAUGCUAAAGCUUGAUCUUGAGGUCACACCUAAAACAAAGGUUCUCAAUGGUCUAAUGCUUGCUUACGCUUCAUGUGGGAUGGCAGACAAAUCCAUGGCAUUUUUCAGAGACAUUCUUCACUCUGUAGAAGGCCCAUCGGAGCAAACACUAGUGGUAUUCUUUCGAGCCUGCGAAUCAUAUCACAGUGGCAUAGUAGAGGCCAAUAAAAUGAUGGAGAAGGUGAGGUCUCUGGACAUACUAAUCACUGAGAGCGUAUAUAAUGCUUAUGUCGGCGCUUUGGGAGGACAUUGCGAGCUAGAGCUUGCAGCCGAGGCCAUUAAAACAAUGGAAUCGAAAAUUGGUUUAGCGCCAACAACCCUCACGCUUGGAAACCUCUACAACGCUCUACCCACUCAAUUUUGGAAAGACCAGGCCGAAGAAUGGGCUAAAGCCACCUACCCUGAAUUAUGGGUGGAAUUAGAGAAAUCUGGGCGAACGGAAGAUGAGGACGGCCUUCAACAUCUGAACAUAGAUAGGUCGAUUCAAAUUUAG